AUGUCACAAUCAAAAUACCAACCCGGUUCAAAGGACCCCUCAUUCUUCCGCCUUUCUCGUAACGAUCCCUCUGCGGGUUUUCCGUUCGUCUGGGACGUGCUACCUGGUUACACAUACCCGCCCGCCGCAUCAUCCGGACCCCACUCGCUACUCCACCAGCGCCUCUUUCUCGCUUCACAUCUAGCAUGCUUCAUAAGAACCCAGAUCCUCACAAAUUUCGACCACACCUGUUCCGCAGGCAUUUCCACCACCAAGCUCACAGCCAAACUCGCAGGCAGCGUUAACAAACCCGAUGCACAAACUCUCCUUUUGCCCGGCUUCGAAGCAGCGUUUUUAGCCGGACACGAGAUUGGAAAAGUCCCAGGAGUUGGGUUCAAAAGUGCGCAGAAGAUCAGAGACAAGGUUCUGGGAAGAACCACUAAAGACGACGAGAUUGAAUUCACAGAGAUAUCAGAAAAGGUUACAGUAGGUACCGUAAUAUCUGUAAUAACCACACCCGCACAGCUAGAGCCGCUCACAGGCGGUAACGGGCAAAAAAUAUGGCGACUACUCCACGGGAUUGACCCUUCCAGGGUUGCCGCAGCACCAAUAGUCCCAACUCAGAUCAGUAUCGAGGAUACCUUCCGCCCCGGAAAGAUCACGUGCCUCAACCAACUAACCCCCGUGCUGCACCAGCUAACACUGAAGCUCCUCCAACGUAUGCAUGCCGAUCUGAUCGGCCCUGGCGGUGAGAAAUGGCUUGCGCACCCGAAGAAUUUUAGACUCUCCAUCCGAUUCCAUACGAGGAACAGGGACUUUACGAGGAUGAGCAGGAGCGGGCGAAUGCCGGGAUAUGUGUUUUCGUUGUCGACACCAUUGGAUGUGGUAGCGGAGAGGCUGGUGAAGGAGGUGGUUGUGGGGUUGUUUAGAGGGUUGUGCGCGGAGAGGAAGUGGGAGUUGCAGCUGGUUAAUGUGGCGGCGGUUAAUAUGGCGGAUGGGGGUGGAGGGGUCGAUAUUAGGGAUAUGUUCAGCACGCUCAGGCCAAGGAACGAAACCUGGGAGAAUAAGGAGGAGCCCACUGAAUAUCUGGAUGGGAUAGUGAACAACAGUCAACAGUACAACAGCCCACCGGAGAACGAGCCAGAACCAAUAAAGGAAGUCGAAGAGGACGAAGACGAGGGAGGGGAGCAGGAGGGGGAGGAGGGGGAGGAGGUGGUGGAGCUCGAAUGGGGUGACGGCCUUUCCGACUCCUCGGUCGAGUACGGCGGUAUCGGGUCCCGGGGUUUCUCACACAACGACCCGUGCCCCAGCUGCGGCGAGCGGUUCCCAGUCUUUGCGCUCGAGGCCCAUCGGCGGUUUCAUCAAAGUGAGACUGAGAUUGGGAGUCUGGAUUAA